CGUGCGCAGAAGGCCGAGCCGGCCCACUCCCGGCUGGAAGUGGGCUGUUUGUGGGGGCCGCGGUGAGGCCGGAAGUGGUGUUGCGUAGGGAAUGGGGGGACGCACUGAACCGCCGCUCCACGGGCGAGGUGAGAGGCCUGCGGCGCUUGGCUGGAGGUCAAAGAUGCAGUCCAAGAAAGUUCUAAAAAUAUAUCAUCAGGUCCAACCUGGUAGUUGACCUAGCUAUGGAAAGCCUCCUUGAAUCCUCACUGGGUCAGACCAUACUGGCAUUCUUAAAAACUCUUCCUAUCAAAAAGUAUCAAGAGUGAAAAUAUAAGAUAUAUACCUACCACUUCAAGGAAGUUCCUGUACCAGCCAACAGUCUAGCACAUUAGCUUGCUGCUUUGAUCAUCAAGCUGACAUACUCAAGCUCAGCACAGCAGAGGAAAAUAUGUCUGUAUCAAUAUUUUUCACAUUCUGUACGUGGCUCAUUAGUAGGUCAUGAAAUCAGUUUUAUGAGUCACAGUGAAAAAAAUUUUAAAACAAAAUAAAAUAUAAAGUAUCAAGUGAAUCCUCUGUCAGAAUUGUGCUCCACAGAAUCCUCUGUGGAAUACUGAGGUCAAUUUCAAUAUGUGAAAAGAUAGUUAAUGGAGGGCAUAUAAUGAAUAGAACGUAUACUGGCUAAGAAACGGGUUUUCAGUCCUUUGUCCACUUGUGUCUUCUUCAGUUUUCAUAAGAAUAAAGUUGGUGAGCAGUCUAGUUUUUUGUUACCAUGACUUGCAAUUAGAUGUGAAGUCUGAAAUGUUCAACUGAGAUGCGUUUUGUAAACUGCAUUUUUUUGAGAGAUGUUAUCUAGGAUAUAUGUAUUUAUUAUUAUUAUUAUUAUUAUUAUUUUGGUUAGUGGCAGUUAAAACAUUUUAAUCAAUUACUUUAAAAUGGAUCAUAACUUUUUUAAAAGAAAGAGGAAAAGUGAAGUGAAAUAUGCAGAAGCAUGUUCAAGUUCAACUGCUGGACCUGGAAAUGUGAAUAGUGACAAUAUUGAGAAAAAUAUUGACUCUAAUUUGCAAACUUCAACUUCGUUUGAGCCACAUUUCAAAAAGAAAAAAGUAAGUGCAAGACGUUAUAAUGAAGAUUAUUUAAAAUAUGGUUUUAUCAAAUGUGAAAAACCCUUUGAAAAUGACAGACCUCAGUGUGUUAUUUGUAAUAAUAUUCUUGCAAAUGAAAGCUUAAAACCUUCAAAAUUAAAAAGACACUUAGAAACUCAGCAUUCUGAACUUAUUGAUAAGCCUCUUGAAUAUUUUCAAAGAAAGAAAAAAGAUGUAAAGUUGUCAACACAAUUUCUUGGUGGUUCUACCAGCAUUAGUGAGAAAGCCUUAUUAUCAUCAUACUUGGUUGCAUAUCGAGUAGCAAAAGAGAAAAUGGCUCACACAGCUGCUGAAAAAAUAAUUCUUCCGGCAUGUUUGGAUAUGGUACGUACAAUUUUUGAUGACAAAUCAGCUGAUAAAUUAAAAACUAUAUCUAGUGAUAAUAUAGUAUCUCUUCGCAUUUGUACUAUUGCGGAACAUUUAGAAACCAUGCUUCUUGCUCGGUUGCAGUCUGGUAUAGAUUUUGCAAUCCAACUUGAUGAAAGCAGUGAUGUGGGAAGCUGCCCAACACUCUUAGUGUAUGUCAGAUAUGCGUGGCAAGAUGAUUUUAUGGAGGAUUUUUUGUGUUGUUUAAAUAUAGCCUCACACCUAAGUGGAUUAGAUAUUUUUACAGAAUUAGAAAAAUGCAUUGUUGGUCAAUAUAAAUUAAACUGGAAAAACUGCAAAGGAAUUACAAGUGACGGAGCAGCAAGCCUAACAGGAAAACAUAGCAGAGUAAUUAAAAAAUUGCUGGAAGUUACUAAUAAUGGUGCUGUAUGGAAUCAUUGUUUUAUACAUCGUGAAGCUUUAGCAUCUAGAGAAAUCCCACAGAAUCUCAUGGAAGUAUUGAAAAAUGCAGUGAAAGUUGUUAACUUUAUUAAAGGAAGCACACUAAAUAACCAGCUUCUUGAAACAUUUUGUUCAGAGAUUGGAACUAAUCAUACCCACUUACUAUAUCAUACCAAAGUUCGUUGGUUGUCUCAUGGGAAAAUACUAAGCAGGGUUUAUGAACUCAGGAAUGAGAUUCACAUUUUUCUUAUUGAAAAAAAAUCUCAUUUGGCAAGUAUUUUUGAAGAUGAUACUUGGGUAAUGAAAUUGGCAUAUUUAACUGAUAUUUUUGGCAUUCUUAAUGAACUGAGUUUAAAACUACAGAGGAAAAAUAGUGAUAUAUUCCAACAUGUCGAACGUAUUCAGGGAUUUCGAAAGACAUUAUUGUUAUGGCAAGCGAGGCUUAAAAGCAACUGUCCUAGCUACUACAUGUUUCCAAGAUUUUUGCAACAUAUCGAAGAGAAUAUUAUUAGUGAAAACAUUUUGAAAGAAAUAAAAUUAGAGAUAUUGUUGCAUCUCACUUCUCUGUCUCAAACUUUUAACCAUUUCUUUCCAGAAGAGAAAUUUGAAACAUUAAGAGAAAAUUGCUGGGUAAAAGAUCCAUUUGCUUUUCGAAACCCAGAAUCAGUAAUUGAAUUAAACUUGGUGCCUGAAGAAGAGAGUGAAUUAUUGCAGCUUAGUUCGUCAUAUACAUUGAAGAGUGAUUAUGAAACACUAAGUUUAUCAGCAUUUUGGAUUAAGUCCCUGUUCUGGGAAAACAACCACCUUCUUGUCACUAGUUAUGCAGAGAAUGCCCGUCGCUUUGUGCCUCUGUGCAGUGUUCUCUACGGCAGGAUGGGUGACUUUCUGAGCUGGUGUCGACAGGAAAAUGCCUCUGAACUCGAUUACCAGUCCUGCCCUACAUCAGAAGAUUGUGAAAACAACCCUGUGGAUUCUUUCUGGAAAAGGGCAUCUAUGCAGUAUUCAAGGGAUAGUUCUGGGGUCAUCUAUGUCAUGCUGAAUGGUUCAGAGCCAACAGGAGCCUAUCCUGUUAAAGGCUUUUUUGCAGAUUUUGAAAUUCCCUACUUCCAAAAGGAUAAAAUCACACGAAUUGAGAUCUGGGUUAUGCAUGAAAUCGGAAGACCAAAAGUGGAAUCCUGUGGAGAAGGCAGUGUGAAAAUCCUGGAAGAGAGACUGAAGCAAAUGGGUUUUCAGUACAGCUGUAUUAAUGAUCACCUACCGGUGAAGCUCUUGAAGUGUGUAGACCACAGCACUCAUCCUGACUGUGCCUUGAAAUCAGCAGCAGCAUCUAUUCAAAGAGAAGUCCCACCUCUCUGGUCAGAAUAUGGUGGCAGCCUUAUCACUCCUUUCUUAGUGGCUCUGGCUUCAGCUAUUCAAAUGUAACCAGAAAUUCAGCUAUGCUGCCCUAAUAUCCCCCAGCCCUGAUCCCUACCCUUUGCACAUUCAUCCUUCUUGUUCUGUGCAUACCAAGUGAUUCCACUGUCUGAUGGAACUAUCUACUGGAAAAAUAAUAUCCUGAGAGGGGUUUUCAAUGAUACACAUGCUCGAAAUUUCAGAGACAAGAAAUUCAUCUAGUCCUAUUUAAUAGGUUAAAAUUGCUGGAUUAGAAUUAAAGCAAGUUAUUAGUUUCUUAUUUCAUAAUAGUACAAAGCAUUGAGACCCAGAUUAUUGCUGUAUAAAAAAUAUUUUUAGGAAAUUCUAAUAGAACUAAAUUUUGUAUUUUUUCUGUAUCUUCCUUUAUCCUCAGCAGGGCACACUGCAUGCUUAUUGAUAGCUAUAUAAAUGUGUAUAUGCAUAUAUUUGGCAUGCAAAGAUUUAUGUAUAAAGAUGUUCAUUUAGGAGCACCUGGGUGGCUUGAUCAACUAAGUGUCUGACUUUGGCUCAGGUUGUGACCUCAGGGUGCUAGGUUUGAGCCCUGUGUCAGGUUCCCUGCUCAGCAAGGAGUCUGCCUCUCAUUCUCCCUUUCUGUCUGCCCCUCCCCCUGCUCUCUCUGUCAAAUAAAUAAUUCAAUUUUAAAAAAUGGUUCAUUUAAUGAUUAUUUAUAAUAGAGUGGGGGCUGGGGAGAAACUCACAAUGUCUGAUAACAGACAACUGUCUUCAUAUGGUUUGGUAUAUCCAUAGCAUGGAAUAUCAUCCAACUGGUAAAAGUCAUGUUUACUAACCCAAAUAUCCUUCAGUUGGUAAAUGGAUGAACUAACUGUGAUACAUCUAUACAGUACUCAGCAACACUCUCUAUAUAUUUAGCAAUAGAAAGUAAACAGCUAUUGGUAUAUGCAGCAACAUGAGUAACACUCAGAUGCACUGUGCAAAUAAAAGAAACCAGACCAAUAGGCUACGUAUUGUAUUAUUCAACUUAUAUGACAUUUUGGAAGAGGCAAAACUGUAGGAAUGGAGAAUAGAUCAGUGGUUGCCGGGGAUUAGGACUAGGGGGAAUAAUAACUACGACGGGGCAGUAUGAGGGAAUUCUGGGGCAGUAAGAAAUUGACCUGUAUCUUUAUUGUGGUGGUAACCUGAAUUUAUGUAUUUGCCAACACUCAGAACUGUACAUCAAAAAGAAUAAAUUUCUCUGUAUGUAACUGAAA